AUGGCAAACCGACGAUCUCAAAAGACUCUAGUGGCGCUAUUUGGGUAUGAUUCUUCUCCGUUUACGCAGAAGGUCAGACUGGCGUUGAAGUUGAAGCAGAUACCGUACACAUUCGUGAUCGUCCCAUCCAUGAUGCCACGACCAAUUCUCAAGGACAACUUCAAUCUGACAUACCGCAAGAUCCCCGUCCUUGCCAUAGGUCGAGAGAUCUACAUCGACACAUCACUCAUCCUCGAAGCCCUUGAACACUCCUUCCCACCCUCCGAGGGCUACGGCUCCCUUUAUCCCGGUCCAACAACUACUUACCGCCCACUCAUCCGCGGGUUUGCAUCGUACUGGACCGACAGGCCCUUGUUCCGGGUAACCACUGGCUUGAUUCCAGCCAGCGUGUGGCGCACGCACUUCGGGACCGACCGGGCGAAUCUGAUCGGUCACAAACUCGACGCGGAGAAACUGGAACGCAAAGUCCCGCAAAAUCUGAGCGGCUUGGAUCUCCAAUUGAGUCUGUUGGAGCCUCUCUUCACGGCAAGCGGUAAAAAAUGGAUCUUUGACGGGGAGAGUCCGAGUGCGGCGGACAUUGCGCUUUGGUACCAACUCGAUUGGGCUGGGAAGAUCAGUCGUGGACAGGGCAUUGAGAAUUUAACGGGCGGAGGCACGGCGGAUGGAGAUGGAGAGGGGCUGGGGAGAGUGUGGGGCAAGGAAAGGUAUCCGGGAGUUGUGGCCUGGUUCGAGAGGGCCAAGGAGUACUUUGAGAAGUUACCCAGUACGGAGACGAGGAUUGAAAAGGAGGAUGAGGGCGGGAUUGCCGGUACGAUGGACCGGUUGAAGACGGUCUCCAUUGUUGAGGACGAAAUACCCCUGAUACCCACGCCUGCCGGACCACAUUCUUCCCUUGACCGGAGGAAUGGACUGGUAGCGGGAGCUGAGGUGAGUGUUGCCCCGGACGAUACUGGCAGGGACAGUCCGACGAUAGGGACUUUGUUGGCCAUCACGCCCGAGGAAGUGGUCAUACGGCCGAAAACGAUAGGUGAUGGGCCUAAAGUAGGACCGGUCAAAGUCCAUUUUCCACGGGUUGGCUUCGUCGUCAGACCGGUGACGAGGGGGACUGCGAGGCUGUAA